AGCAUUCUGUUCCACAUACAAUAUUGAUUUAUUUGUAGUCGUCUAUUCUGUGGUGGAUCGUUCCUCAUUCAAACAGGCCGAAAAGAUUUUACAAUAUUUAAAAGAAAACGAAAUGUUGCUAACAAGAGGAGCCAUACUAGUAGGCAAUAAAACUGAUUUGGAAAGACAUCGAGAAGUGAAUAGACAAAUGGCUCGUAAAUUGGCCAAAGAAAUUGCCUGUAAAUUCAUAGAAACAUCUUCCGGUCUGGAUCACAACGUCGACGAACUUUUAGUGGGUAUUGUGGCACAAGUCAAACUAAAUCCCCAACGUUUACGCAAUCUAAGCGAAAAGGAUAGACAACGUUUGAACCUGCAGAGUACAAUACAAAAGCACAGACGCCUCUAUGCACCACCCCGACGCAUGGUGCGUCAAAUGUCCAUGUGCCAGGCAGAGGCAGAGGAUGGUGGUGACUACAACAAUGAGGGCGACGAUGAUAAUGAGAACGAAUUGGUGCAUGAUGAAAAUCAAUCAAACAACAUUAUGCUAACCGGAGAUGAGGGCAUUGGUACGGGUAGUGAGCGUACGGCAAGUACAAGUUUAUCCUCUUCAAAUGCGGGCAAAUCGUGUGCCUCAUCCAUUGCAUCUAAGGGACCAGUUAGAAAAACCACUAAACGUACUUUGAAUUUAGAGAGUAUAUUGAAAAUGGGUGAAAGUGAGCUAGAGGAUGAAGAGGAAGCCCAAAGAUUGUCAUUUAAUAGCAGUCAACAGUAUGCACUUAACAAUGCCACCAAACCUUUGAGUAAAUUUGAAUUGUUGGCCAACAACAUGAAAACAUCUAGUGGCAGGACACCCUUUGGCAGUGUUAAUUCUUCACCCAAAUCUAGAAAAUCCUACGAAUCAAGUUCAGGUUUAGGCAGCUCCCAGACACAUGACUCAGCACAUACCUAUAAGGAAACACAUGCCGAGGAUUCUUUGCUAAAUGACUGCAAUAGCAAGACUGUAUCAAAAUUGACCAGUCGCACUAAAGUGUUUUUAUCCUCAGUACUGCGUUUCAAAAAGGCCAUUAAUGUGGCCAAACGUCGAAAUUCUUCUUCGUGCAGUGAUCUAUUUGUCAUAUAGGAAAAUCAUUAAAAUGCAAAACAAAAUAAAAAACAACAAAAUCAAAACAAUAAAAGUCUUCAAGCUAAGAAACAGACCAAGUAUUUAAAUAUAACAAUUUUAUAAAUUAAGUUUAUAAUCAAAUUAAACCAAAAGACACGUUCCCAUUACUCUUUAUUGGGACAGGGUCACUGUUCAUUUCAAUUAUCAUGCAUGCAAAAUGGAAUUAAACAAAUAUUUUUUAUUAAGAAUAAAAUAUGAAAAAAAGAAAAAAUUUAAUUUUCUUUUAUAGUUAAAAUAAAAUGCAAUAAAUUAAUUUAGAAUUUAUAUAUUUCAUUGCAUAAAGCAAACAUGCAACCAUUUUCAAGGUUUCACAAAAAUAGAAAAAGAAAAAUCAGAUAAAUUUUGCUUAAACAAAUAAAACAACAGAAAUAUAUCCACCACUUUUGGUAGUGUCAUGGAAAAGGGAAUUCAUCAGUAUUUUUAAUUUAUUUUUAAAAAUUAAAAACAUAUUAAAUUCCAUCAAAUAAUGAAAAUAUGAAAUGCAAGAAAAACCUUUUUAAUCAAUUUACUUGUUUACUGCUAUUUCAUUUAAAAUAUCUGAAAAAACGCAAAAAAAAAUUCACGGGAAAACUAAUAAAAACGAUAAUUAAGCAAAACUCUAGUAAAACCGAAAGUGUAGCAGUGGAAUCAAAUUAUCAGCAAUGAUUUGUCAUUAUCGAAUUUUUGCUGGGUAAUUAUUUUAAUUAAAAUCUAACAAAUCAUUUAGAAAUUUCUGAGGAAAUGACUUUCAAUAAUAAUAAAAUUAACGAAAGAAAUCUUACAUAUUAAAUCAUAUAAACAACUUUUAUACAAAAACACCCAAAACAAUAUUUAUGAACAAGAAACCAAAUAUCUAACCGAAGGGCACCAUUUAUAAUUAAAAAUAUAAAAAAAAUAAAAUAAAAACAUAUCGCCAUUAUAUAAACAAAAAAUAAAAACAAAACAAUAAUUUAACUAAAACUAUUAAUUAACACAAUUUUAUACUUAAAUAAAAUAAUUUAAAGAAAUAAACUCAACAACCCAAAUAUCAUCAUAAAUAGGUACUACUAAUGGUCACUGGUUAAAACCACAUAACUAAUAGGUUUAACCUACAUGAUCAUCAAUAUAUUCAAAGAAAAUUGCUCAAAUAAUGGGAUAAUAAUUUAAAAAUUAACUAUAAACAAAACAACGUAAACAGGUAAAUGAAACGAAAUUUAUUUAUGGCAUUAAACAUAAACAAAUAAAAAAUAAAUAAAUAAUGCACAAAACACAAGAAUUAUAAAAAAAAAACUAAAAGAAUUAAUGCAAUUUUUAGUUGAGUUCUAUUUCAGU